AAAUGAAACACAACUACUGAGCAGAUGGUAAUGCACCUGCUCUCCAACAGCAUGCAUUAGCUGUGUCAGCGUUCUUAAUGUUUCUAUAGAUAUUAUAAUACGUCGUUUUUCUAAAUCUUUUGUUUAUAUCGAGGCGACGGACACUUUAGUGAAUCGUGAUGAGCGAAACCUUAAAGUCUGGGUUUACACCAGAGUUUAUGCAUUUGAACAACUAUCUGCGCAGUUCGGAGUGACCACAUUUCGCGUUUCGUUAGUGGCUUUUCUGUAACUGCAACCCGCGUCUGGUCGUCCUGUCACCGCCUUCAGAUCAGCGAUGCCUCCCGGUGUUGUGACCGCCCCUCGCAGCUCCUCGUCCAGCUGCUUCUGUGCCUGCUGCGGGGCGAAGAUGAGACCUUAUUUCACAGAGAAUUCCGUGAUCUCCCAGGGGGUAAUUUAUCAGCUCAUCAGUGAAAGUUUCCUGACAGUUAAAGGAGCUGCUCUCUUCCUACCUCGAGGAAAUGGCUCCUCCCCUUCUUCUGCCUCUCGUUUCUCCCAGUUGCGGAGCAAACAUGCAGGAGACAUCCAGCAGCAUCUACAAACCAUGUUCACUCUCCUCAGACCAGAGGACAACAUUAAGCUGGCGGUUCGUUUGGAGAGCGCCCAUUCUCAGGUGACCCGCUACAUGGUGGUGGUCUCAACCAAUGGUCGCCAGGACACGGAGGAGAGCGUAGUGCUGGGGAUGGAUUUUAGUCCGGUAGAUAGCUCAUGUUCUGUAGGACUGGUUUUGCCUUUAUGGAGUGAUACCUUAAUACACCUGGAUGGAGAUGGGGGUUUCAGUGUGUCAACUGAUAACAGAGUGCAUGUGUUUAAGCCUGUUUCUGUGCAAGCCAUGUGGUCGGCUCUGCAGUCACUCCACAAAGCUUGCGAAGUGGCUCGUUGUCACAACUACUUCCCAGGCAGCUUGUUCCUCACUUGGGUUAGUUACUAUCAAAGCAGGGUGUCCUCCGACCAGGCGCGCAUCAACGAGUGGAACGCCAUGCAGGAUGUGCAGUCACACCGAGCCGACUCGCCUGUGCUCUUCUCCGAUGUACCUACAGAAAGAGAGCUGACAGAGCGACAAAUCAAAACCAGCUUGAGGGAAAUCAUGAUGCAGAAAGAUCUUGAGAAUGUCACCUGCAAAGAGAUCCGAACAGAACUGGAAAUGCACAUGACCUGCAACCUACGAGAGUUCAAGGAAUUCAUUGACAAUGAGAUGAUUAUCAUCCUGGGCCAGAUGGACAGUCCUACGGAGAUCUUUGAUCACGUCUUCUUGGGAUCUGAGUGGAAUGCAUCCAAUUUGGAAGAGUUGCAGAAGAGUGGAGUUCAGUACAUCCUGAAUGUAACGAGGGAGAUUGAUAACUUCUUCCCUGGAGUGUUUGAGUACCACAACAUCCGUGUUUACGACGAGGAGGCCACUGACCUGCUUGCCUAUUGGAAUGACACUUAUAAGUUUAUAUCUAGAGCGAAGAAAUCUGGGUCCAAGUGCCUGGUGCACUGUAAAAUGGGUAUAAGUCGCUCUGCAGCCACAGUGAUCGCCUAUGCCAUGAAGGAGUUCGGCUGGGAUUUGAAAAAGGCCUUUGAUUAUGUCAAGCAACGCCGAACUGUGACCAAACCCAACCCUUCCUUUAUGAGACAGCUGGAGGAGUAUCAGGGCAUACUUCUGGCCAGCAAGCAGAGGCACAACAAACUGUGGCGUUCUCACUCCGACAGCGAUCUGUCUGAGCACCACGAGCCACUGUCUAAAUCCUACGCACAGCCCUACAGUCUGGGUCGCUCAGACCCCCAUAACCAGGCCAGCAGCACAUGUAGUCCUUCUGUGAAAGAACUGCUGGAAUCACUGGGAACUUCAGCCAGCUCCAGCAAAGCAACACACUCCACAAGCCAGCCUGAUACUGGCAUCUAUUCCAAUCAGCUUAACUUUUCUUCCCUUGAAAGGUUGGGAGCUUUUUCAGGUGAUGGUGAAGCUCGAAGCCUUGAGGCUCCCUCUCGUUCUGCUGUAGCCCGGAGCAACCAGCAGGAUCCCCCUUGUCCUGAUACCACAGCUGGUUCUGUGUCUUUAUCUCCCCUGCUGUCCAAUGGCCUAUGUGACUCUGAGGAGCAGCAUUCAUCACCUCCUCUCUCCCACCCAAGGGCUGCCACCGUGGUGCCCGAGCCUCCAAAGACAGAUAUGGUGACUGUUGCAGAAAGUGUUUCAGUGGGCCAGCCUCACCCACCACCUUCUGUUCACCAACUUCCCCGUUCUCCUGCUCCGUCCCCAGCUCCAGCAUGCAUAGAAGAAGCUAUCAAACCACCGGCAUCAUCCUGCUCUGUAAUAAAACCACUGUCUGUGUCAGCGUCUGCCCCCAUGACGACACAAACACCAAGCACACAAGAAGCUGGAACUCACUGUCCAUCUGCGACAGUGCUUGUCAAAAACACAGAUGGUGACCAACAGAUAUGUAGCUCAUCUUUGGAACGUUUACCAGCCCACGCUCCCUCCACUAAUGAUUUUAUCAGCUAUCCCAGUGCCAUUCCACAAGACAACGUGCUGUUGUUCGGCCACAGCGCGGAUCACAUCAACUUUUUCAGUGCCAGGGAAAAGUUCAAGGGAAUGAGUCAAGAUGGUAAAACCCACUGUGCUGCAGGGCAGCUGUCACCACCGUUGAAGAGUUGUGGCAAGGAACAUCAGCCACCGCCUCAGGAGGCUCCUGCUAAUGAGGGAAAAGUAGUGGACGAGAAAGGAAAGGAAAUCCAUCUUCCUGUGCAGGUCACAGGAGGGAAGCCUACAGAGACUUUCAGCAAACCAGAGCCUCAAGGCUCCCAGAGCCAGGAAGUGACAAAGCUGAGGCAGGAAAAGGAGGAUAGAGAUGUUGUCUUGCAGAAGGAAGCUGAGAAUGUAAAAGAGGAAGUGAAAAACAAAGAGGAUGAGGCUCCUGCUCGUCUCUACAGCGACUGGACGAGGGGGUCUGUGCGGCGUGUCACGCAACAGCUAGAGCAAAGAAUGAAACAAGAGCACGAGACUCCGUCACCCUCAUCUUCACCGCCAUCCCUCUCUGGCAGCUCCUCAUGCUCUCAACGUCGUCCACACAGCAUCCAUUCGACGACAGUGACACCUCUUCAUGACGCAUUAGUACGUAGCACUUUGCAAGAAGAGCUGGAAGAGGCAGAUGGGAAGUUUGAACCAGUUAAAAAGGGUUCAUCUCUUGUUGCCAAGACUGGGAACCGAGGAGAUAAUGACAAAAGCACAAAAGAACAUAAACUCCAGCCUGCUGAUAAUAGAUUGUUUUCUACCUCUUCGUUUCUCUGCUCUGCCCAGUCUCCCUUUGCCUCUGUUAAUUUCCUGUGUUUGGAAGGCGUGACCGAGCUCGAGUCGGGCACAGACUGGGACUACUUUACAGAGGGACCCCACAGUGACAUCAUCAUGAGGGAGACGUGGGAGACUUUGUGUGAGUUGGGUGCCUUCCUGCAGCAGGUGAGCAUGGGUGGAGCCUGCAAGGUCAGGCUCGCUGGACAGGCUCCAGGAACUGCUCAGAAGCUAGGCAGCAGCAUCCAGAAGAGGGUUAGAGAGGUGGAGGCCAGGAUUCGCCAGGCAGGGCUGACCCCUCCAUCCUUGAUGAAGCGCUCCGCCUCACUGGCCAAACUGGGCUGCUUGGAGCUGCUCGCUAAUGAUCUGAAUGAAUGGGAGCUCAGUCGAUCCGCUCUUGCUCCACCCUCAGCACAAGCUCCAGUCCACUCAGUUAGUGAUGAAUCCAAGAAGCAGCGGGUCCACAACUCUCUUUUGUUAAGUGGUGAACAGCCUGAAACCCUCAAUAUUGCUGCAAAGAGGCUUUCUAAAGCUGGAGAAACCUCACCAGGAGUCUUUCUACCAUCAAAUCUAAACCUAGAGAGAGAAAAGCCUCCAAACACUGGGCAAGAUUUUUGUAAUAUGCCUGGGCCGACACUUCUGACAACAAGGCAGCAAUAUGGAAGGACUCACCCCCUGAGGCGGCUUAAGAAAAGAACUGUUAGUACCCUUUACCACACCAUGUAACCCUCACACUGUGUAUCUGUGUAUGUGAGAGAGUGGGAGGAAUUGUGCACCCAUGAGAAAUGGUAAUCAAGUGCAUAUGUUAGAAUUAUUCAGCAAAACAAACCAAUGCCUCUUGCCUUAAAUAAUGUGUUUGUUAGUUUCUGUACAUCGUUAUCUACAGAUCCUCCAAGAGGCUCUGUGAAAUAUCCAAUAUGUGAUAGUGGACUACUUUCAAAGGUCAUUUAAAAGCAGCAAAAACAGUCAUCCAGGUAUGCUGUCUGGUUUUAAAUGUAAAUAUGCCCGAGCCGGCACAUUCUCAAUGCAUACAUCAUUGUGGGUUUCUCCAUCUUUCUAAAGUUUACUUGAUUGUGGCUGGUUGGAUGAUUGAAUAGUCCAACUUGAUGUUAAGUGGAAUGUAGUCUCUGUUUCCAUUUGCUGUUUUUCAAGACUCUCCAUCCAACAUUUGUAAGUUAUGCUGGAUAGAAACUGCUGCAAACUGACAGGUAGAUGAAUCUGCUCCACAUCACAUCAACACAGACUUAUCAAUCUAUCAGAUUUUUUUUCCCUCUUUUCCAGAUGAUCUAAAUUUGGAAGUAAUACCCCGUAUUAGAAAUGACACACAACACAGUUAAUUCUCAACAUGCAAGAUCUCAGGUUGAACUACAAACAUCACAGAUGAGUUUUGCUUUAAAGUUGUAUCCAGACCAGGUGGUGACAACAGGAACUGAAAACAGCUGUACAGACGUUUUAGAACAAAAUGAAUGGAGGCACAAUUAAUUUUCUUGAUUAUUUUUAAAUUGCACAAUACCUCAGCCAAAUCUGACUUCUGCAAACAUCGGGCUCUGGCUUCUCCCUGGAACGUCCUCUGUCUGAAACUUCAUUGCUUGAUAAACUGGCAUAAACUCGUUUCUUUCGUGUCCUCACAGUUCUGGCCCCACUCAAAGUAGAUUCCUUCCGUCUGUAUACCUGUAAGGAAGAAAGGAUCGGUUUGGGGGGUUAAAAGCAGAGUGUACAUUUGUGAGUUUUCUGCUGUGUUAUCUUUGGGAUGUAAAGGUCUAUAUUGUGUCAACAUUUUAGGAAAUGUAUAUGUUUUUGUUUUUAUAUCUGGCUUAUGUCAGUGAGUGGGACUGUGUAGCACAAUUUUUAUCAUGUGGGUUUGUACAUUUUCCUUUUAUUAUUUUAAAAAGUCUUUCCCCCAAAUUAUCUCUUUUGUACAGAUUUUAGGAGUGUGCCUGUGACUGGCAAGUGAAGUUUCUCUGCAAUCAGAAAUGUCUGUACAGGAACAUCUGUCAUACAUGCACUUUACUCCCUUUUCAUUUUAAAUGUGGCUUUCUUUUAUGUGUGUUUGCUGCUUUUGGGGAGCAUGCUUGAGUAGCAGCAGGUGUUGGGUAUGUCUGGUUUGUCAUGAACAUUUUUGGUUUUAUUUUAAAACUAUCACUGUACAUAUACUUUUAUAUUAUGUGGUUCAACUGUGACAUUAAACAAUGGAGAUUAUUGAAACCCAUGUUUACUGUAAAUUUGUUUGUGUACAGUAACGAGAGGUUGUGACUAACCUAUAGAUAACAGGAGUGGUUCAAAUAGAC